AUGAGAUAUGACGAUCUACCAAUCAAGAGAUCGCGUAUCGACCGCGUGGGCUCCAUGGACUAUCCCAUGGACGCCGCCAUUCGUAACUUGCACCACGCCGGAGGACGAAGAGGCAAAAAUCCACAUAAAGUAAAGAGCCAUAGUGCAAUGCAUGAGGAAAUGGAUACAGGCAAGCCGGAAAAGGUCAAAGGGAAGGUACAGCAACCAAAAGCAGAAAUGCGGCUCCAGCAAAAAGUACAAAUGAAAAGGAAAAUGUCUAGCGUCAAGAAAAUGCACCAACCAAUGCCCCAGAGCAGAGGACUGGUUCGCACUUUGAACAGCACUGCAAUCAGCGUUCCCCGAGCUUGGAAGAAAGAGGAAAGCCGAUGA